AAAAAAAAAAAAAAACCUAAUAAAGAACAAAAGAAAGGAAAAGUGAAAAACCACACCAAACCUAACUCGCAACCCAAAAUCUUCUCCUCUCAAAAUCCUUGACUUUCCUUCGAAACCAAACGAGGCCUUGAUCACAAACCCAUCAAAACUCGACCAUCCCAGCCAACGAUCGGCGGCUCCUGCAACGUAACAGGCUGGCAUCAUUUUUAAGCUUUAUGGUUGUGUUUGCUUAUUCUAUAAUCCACACCUAUAAUCCACACCCAAGUGUGAACUAUAGAUGUCACCAUCACCGUUGUGAUUUUGUUGGGCAAAAUAUCGUAACAGGACAAAGCUAUCAGGUGGUUCAAGAAACUGGUAUAUGAGAUGUCAAGCGACGAUGAUUUCACAUUCUGUAAGGUUGGACUACCUGAGGGUGUUGAGGCGCAGAGCUCUGUGCCAGAUAUCAGUGGUGUCACCAUAAAUGAUGAGGCUGCAAGUGAUGAUGGUGAUUCUAAUCCGAGUAGUGGUGCUUUGUGGAAAUAUAAGUUACCAAGUAAUUCCAUUUCGAAGGAGGCAGCAGUUGGUUCUUUGUCUUUUAACGUUAUUGAUACAUCUCCUAGAAAACAGUCAGCUGAACUGCCAAAACAAGUAGCAUUUGAAGACAGUGGAAAAUUAGCCAGCAGUUCACAGCAACAGAAGACAGCUGUUAGGAAGCCUGCACCUCGAGCUAAGGUUCCUUUUGAGAAGGGUUAUAGUCAGAUGGAUUGGCUUAAACUUUGUCGAACCCAUCCUGACCUUGCAGGAUUGAAUGGACAGUCAAACAGAAGGCUUAUAUCCUUGAAUGAAGUCAAACAGCACCAAACAGGAGGUGCCAUGUGGACUGUUCUCAAGGGUCGUGUUUACAACAUAGCUCCAUACAUGAAAUUUCAUCCAGGAGGUGCUGAUAUGCUGAUGAAGGCAGUUGGAAAAGAUAGCACAUCUUUAUUCAAUAAGUACCAUGCCUGGGUGAAUGCUGAUGCCUUAUUGGAGAAGUGCCUCGUGGGUACUUUGGAUAGCCAGUGAUCCAGCCAGCUAUUUCGAUAUAAUUCAUUAAAGGUUUUUUCCAUACAUUCAUCUCACCAAGCAUAUCGCUUGUUAAACACAAAUUUAUGUGUUGUAAGUUUGCUCUUGCACGCUUGGUUUAUACGUUGCUGACAUUGGAAUAAGAUUGUACACCUCAACUUAAUAUUCAACCGAAUACAAUUGUGAAGCUAGUGUACUCUCGCUCUUGCACGCUUUGUUUGUACGAUACUGACAAUGGGGACAAGAUGUAUACCUCAAUUUUACGGUAUGCAAAUACUAAUCUGGAAUAAGUUUGCUCUUUC